AUGGAGAUUGUCACACAUUUAAUCAAUGACACCAUAGAAUUCUACAAAUGGACUCUAACUAUUGCAGACAAGCGAGUGGAGAAAUGGCCUCUGAUGGACAACCCUCUGCCCACGCUGGCCAUCAGCACCUCCUACCUGCUAUUCCUCUGGCUGGGGCCCAAAUACAUGAAGAACAGAGAGCCCUUUCAGCUCCGCAAAACCCUCAUUGUCUACAACUUCAGCAUGGUCUUCCUCAACUUCUUCAUCUUUAAAGAGCUGUUUAUGGCAGCGCGGGCAGCAAGCUACAGUUACAUUUGUCAACCUGUGGACUAUUCAGAUGACCUUAAUGAAGUCAGGGUGGCAGGAGCUCUGUGGUGGUAUUUCAUCUCUAAGGGCAUCGAGUACCUGGACACGGUAUUUUUCAUCCUGAGGAAAAAAUUCAACCAGGUUACUUUCUUGCAUGUCUACCACCACUGCACCAUGUUCACGCUCUGGUGGAUCGGCAUCAAAUGGGUGGCAGGAGGACAGUCGUUCUUUGGUGCACACAUGAAUGCAGCAAUCCAUGUCUUGAUGUACUUGUAUUAUGGCCUGGCCUCCUGUGGACCUAAGAUCCAGAAGUACCUGUGGUGGAAGAAGUACUUGACCAUCAUCCAGAUGAUCCAGUUCCACGUCACCAUCGGCCACACAGCCUUGUCCCUCUACGUCAACUGCGACUUCCCCCACUGGAUGCACUACUCCCUCAUCUGCUAUGCCAUCACCUUCAUCAUCCUCUUCGGCAACUUCUACUACCAGACCUACCGCCGCCAGCAGCCCAGACGUGAUGCCUCCUCCUCCUCCUCCUCCAAAGCAGGCAAGGCUCUUUCUAACGGGACCCUUAACGGGCUCAGCAAGGCCGCCAACGGAGCAGUGGUGACAGGGAGCAAAGAGGAGAAGCCCCAGGAGAACUCUGGGAGGAGAAAGAGGAAAGGAAGAGCUAAAAGAGAUUAGAGGAAGAGGAGCGAGAGAGGUAGAGGUGAGGUAGGGCCUUUCUUUGGGAUCUAGGUUGAUAGUGCUAAAACAUGAAAGACUACAUUUGAGCAAGAUUUAGAUGGAUGGAUGCGUUAGGGUGUGAUGUGUUUAUUUAAGCCAUGACCUGAGUUGCUGUAGAUAAAAUUUGAGACAGGCUUGUGUUGAGAGAGGAUCAUUCUGUUAGUAAGAGGUGUCAAAGGUCAUGCCCAAGGUGACCGUUAUCACAAAUAACCCAAAAUACAGUAGUGUGCGGUACAGGAUAGAUCUUAGUAUUCCCUCUCUUUAUUGUGGUGCCAAGUACUGUAGAUCUGGUUCAAAAAGUGACUUUCAGCGACUAAAACUGAGCCUGGAAAAGGAAACUACGUGUUUACCAGGUCCAUUUGGCAUGCUGGGAAAGCUACAUUAAAUGCGCCUGAGCUGCUUUAAAAAGAUUAUAUACCAUUUCUAAUGUUACUGCUGUAUCGAGACAGGAAUACACUUCAUAACACGCGCACAAACAUGUCAGUUUAUAUUGGAGCGUAUCAUUUUUUUGUUGCUGUUUACCUUUACAGAUAUAAAAAUGACGAUAAUGUACAGUAUCAUGUCCCUUUUGUCCUCAUCUUAUUCAAGUUGUUAUCGAUGUUACAUGAGAGAGACCUAAGUUUACAGUUUGUGUUUGCUGAAUAGACACCUGCAGUUAUCCACUUAUUUGUGUACAUGGAGUUAUUUAUUCUUAUUUAUUUCCAGCUCUCAUCUUUGAGCUAUCACCCAUUAGCGCAUAGUUAUAUUCUAAAGACAGAAAAUAAAUCAAUAUACAGAGGUAAGAUGUACAUAGAAAUAGAAAUUAUAGAUUUCUAAUCCUUUGAGACUUGGAUGGGAUUGUUACAUCACUGGUUUAUGAUGGAAUAAUCAUCAGCUGUAUCUCACAGAAUGUUAAAAUUUGGAUUUUCUAUUUCUGUAUACAACCAUAGCAGGUUUUAUAUAUCCCUACUUGUAUGUUAUGCGAUGAACUGUAAUGAAUAUUAUCCAGAGCAAUGAUGGACUAUCUCAGUGUUCCCCGUUUUGACAGAAAAGCUGGUUCAAGAGUUUCGUCUUUGCAGAUGUUUACCUGUCUUUUUAUAAUAUACCCAACAUUGUUGUUUGUCUUACAUGCUUGUGGGAACUUUGUGAGCUGAACAAAGAUGUGGAGGUGGAGAAUUCAAGCUCACAGCAGUCAGGUUUUUUUUGUUUUGUUUUUGAAGUUAAGUCUACCUUAAGCACCCUUUUCUUCCCAUAUUCAAUAAAAAAUAUCUUUUCUUGUCUAUGUUUUCAGGCUUAAUCUGUGUCCUGAGCUGGCUUGAAUGUAAAUUUAUCAGGAGAUUCAUUUGGAUUCAAAAAGAUUCUGAUUUAUAUACAAAAAGAGCUGGUGAACCUCUAUAGUGACUGUGUAUGUUAUAACACUAUGAAGAAUAACUCUGCUCUGCCUGUAGUAUAUAGAGUAUAAAUCAGUGGUCAGCUAUAUCAGCAAAUUCAGCUUUAUUUCAUCCAUUAAUCAAUGCAUUUUGAUGUUAUUUAUUGUUUCUUUUUCUAUUUAUUUUUGUGUAAAUACCAAUUUUCAUCUUGCUAAGAGUGCUUGUCUGUGUAUUUGUGUUCUUUUUUUGUUGUACAUAUUGCAUUGUGAUAUUUUGUAUACUGCGCAUUUGGGAAUGUUCCCAGCCUGUUAGCUUGGACAUUUACAUGUCCACAUUGCUUCUGUGUUUUUUUUUAAGUAUCAUAACUUUGAACUCUCUUCAGAUUCAAUUAAACUGAAUGCCUGUACAAA